AUGUCGACGGUGCAGCUGAGCAGCCACGACGUGGAGGUGCUCGCCAAGAUCAAUGAUCCAGAGUCAAAUCCCGCUGCGGGCAUCGUAACCGACGAAACGUUACCGCGGGACCCCCACGUCGUCGAUACGAGCGUCUACGAGGCGGUGGUGGCGGCGGAACGCACCAUCAUUCAGACACUGCAAAAGCUCGAGGCCCAGCCGGGCCAGCCCAUGUCGUCACCGCAGGACGAAGGGGAAGAACGACAGCAACAACAGCAAGACCCGGCCGUCGUGGAGGGCUAUAGACAGAGCGCGUCCGCCCUUGAACGCCUGGUCGCCGAGCAGCCGCGGUACGCCAGCGCGAGGAACAACCGUGCUCAGGUGUACCGCCGGCUGUACGGGGAUGCCAUGCUGCUGAACGUGACGGCGACGGGUGCGCCCAUGCCCCUCGUCAGGGAGCCCGACCGGGCGGAGAAGCUGGCCGCCUCGGCCACGGUCCUGGACGAUCUCGAGCGGUCCAUUGCGCUGUUGACGCCGAGCUCGGCGAGCACGCCCGUCUCCCCGCAGGCCGCGCGCACCCUGUCCAUGGCACACACCCAGCGCGCGGCCAUCUACCUCAAGACGUCCAAGAUGCUGGCGUACCGGUCGCUCGACAUCGACGAGGCCCGGCCCGAGGCGCGGUGGCGCACCCUCGACUUCGAGGAGGCUGCAUCGCGCGAUCUCGCCCUGGGGGGCCGCUACGGGAACCAGAUCGCCAAAGGGCUGGCUGUGAGCGUCAAUCCGACGGCCAAGCUGUGUGGGCAGAUUGUGCGGCACGCCAUGAAGGAGGAGUAUGGGCCGUCGUCGUUUGGGGAGCGAAUCGAGAAAUGA